GACUCCCACCCUUAUUACGUGGGGUGGUGUAGCUGGUGCUGGUGUAAUAUGGGCCACAGACUGGAAGCUGGUCCUUCAGUAUGUUCCCUACAUCGGUGGCAAGUAUAAGACUGAAGACUGA